CACACGGCCUAGAGAGAAAAAGAAAAGGAAGGUUAAGAGAGAGGUCUACACAAGAUAUAACCAACAUUGUGUGAAUGAGUGUGUUGAAAUUUGCAUAUGCAUAUUUGUCGCUGGGUAAACGCGGCGUAAGAUGAUGAGCACCUUCGUCCUUUGUCUCUUCUUGUAAGGGCGAAUGGAAGUAGAACUCGAAAGCAGACGGUCGGAGAAGAGAGAUCGUUGAUGUCGGGGCUAGGGUUUCAAAUUCUAGCCCCCUGCCAUGGAUUCCGGCGAGUUGCUAGCAGAGAGAGCGUGACGGUCGGAGAAGAGAAAUCGUUGAUCAUUGAUGUAGGAGGAACAAAAACGGCAACAAUUAGGAAUAUACUCCUUCGACGUGAUCGGAGGAUUCCAAACUCCAACUGGCAACAGGGGAUUUCAAACUCCAGUUUAGAUUUGAACGGAGCUGGGGAGGACGCGACCGGCGAAGCUCUGUAUUUCGAUCGGGGGCCAGUUGACGACCACUCCAAUGACUCCGAUGCACGGCGUCCCUCCUCUACGCAACUAGUAACGAGGACGAAGGCCGUUGACUCUAGAGCUGUGACGAGCUCUGUCGAUGGCGUGACACUGCCGGCGACGAGCUCCGUCAGUGAGUUUUUCAGCGUCCCAAUUGCAGUGAAAUCCAACGGCGAGAAGUUUACCAAACUUGCAAAGUUUGCGCCAACCUUGGUGAGUACCCCAAUCGAUCGCAUUGAGGAAUUCAGGACGGAACUUCGACCUGACCCGAGGUCACGUGUGUCCGUCUUAACCACCCUAGACUGCGCAGAGGCCUACAAGAUCAUAGCCAGGGCGGAUAGUGACCUGAAUGCUUGCAUAGAGUACCUAAAGGCAAACAAUGCUGUCCCAAACACUCACCAUCCCACUAAUUCUGCCUCAAAAGGAAAAAGGCCCUUCCAGGAAUCUAGUAAUUCACAUUUCUCUAAAAAGGGAAAAUCUGUGCAAACUCAAUCAAUGGCAUCCGUUGAUAGAUUCAGGAAGCGAAAGUAUCCUGCUUGCGAACACUGUGGAAGGAACCACCCUGGAGAGUGUUGGUUGAAACAAGGGUUGUGCCUUGGCUGUGGAAAACUAAGACAUUUCAAAAAGGAGUGCCCUACAAACCCUGGAGAACCAUUUCCAUCUGCUCCUAGUCUGCAUCAGCACGACCCGCACCAAGUCAACGCUCAACAGCGGGGUCUAAGCCAGCCAAGAAUCAGAACCAACAACAAGGACGAGCUCCUGCUCAUACAUAUGCAAUGAAGGCACGAACUGAGGAAAACCCUGACAUCAUUCAGGGUAUGUUUUCCUUAUUUGAUACUUUCAUGCAUGUAUUGAUAGACCCUGGAUCAACAUUGUCUUAUAUCUGUGUACAUAUGCCUGAAAAAGCUGACAUAAUGAAAGAACAAUUGGAAC